CUGUUCUUGUCAUGUUCCUGUUGGAUUUUACGUGCUGGGUUUCAGUGCUGGAGCUGUACUUAUAUUUAUGAAGGAUUCCUACCACAAGUCUGUGUCUGUAGGGUUAACAGGGACCUGAGGCUGUGGAGACAUGGUGGGCUAUGACCCUGGUUCUCAGGGUGCAGCUCUCUCCCCGGAGGAGGCAGCCCUCGCUGGCUCGGCUGCUGGGAUGGUCACCAGAGCCCUCAUCAGUCCCCUUGACAUCCUUAAAAUCAGGUUUCAGCUGCAGAUCGAGUGUCUGUCUUCACAAAGGUCGGAGGGGAAGUAUUGGGGAUUAUUUCAGGCAUGUCGCUGCAUUCGUUCAGAGGAGGGACUCUCUGCAUUCUGGAAGGGCCACAUCCCAGCACAACUCCUCUCCAUCUGCUACGGGGCUGUCCAGUUUGCCAGUUUUGAGUUUCUGACCGAGGUGGUCCAUAAGUCGACGGCGUACGACAGUCAGAAGUCAGGCGUUCACUUUGUCUGUGGCGGUUUGGCAGCCUGCUCUGCUACGGUGGUCUGCCAGCCUCUGGACACACUGAGGACUCGCUUUGCAGCUCAGGGAGAACCCAAGGUGUACAGGAACCUGCGACAAGCUGUGACCACUAUGUGGCGCUCAGAGGGAGUGCUGACGUUCUACCGCGGCCUGUCGCCGACGCUGAUGGCCGUGUUUCCGUACGCCGGACUGCAGUUCUUCUUCUACAAUGUGUUUAAACAGCUGCUGGCUCCUCCGCCCACAGCUGGAAACUCAGGAGGAACCCUGCGAAGCCUGGUCUGUGGCAGUGGAGCCGGAAUGAUCAGCAAAACCAUCACUUACCCCUUCGACCUGUUCAAGAAGCGGCUGCAGGUGGGAGGCUUCGAGGCCGCCAGAGUUCACUUUGGACAGGUGCGCAGUUACAGAGGCCUGAUGGAUUGCAUGAUUCAGAUAGCCAAAGAGGAAGGCGUACGAGGCUUCUUCAAAGGGCUCUCGCCGAGUCUUCUGAAGGCAGCUCUGUCAACAGGAUUCACCUUUUUCUGGUAUGAGUUUUUUCUCAAUGUCAUGCAAAACGUGAAGGAGCAACAGAGAACACGUGACCUCACCAAAGACGUGGAGGAAAGAUAAUGAAGGAAAGACAGUAACGCACAUUGAACACUCGCGCCUUGUUAUUCGCUUGCACUGAACAAAUGUCUCGUCUGGGUUGACGGUGGGGGUUUCUGCUGUUUACAGGAAAACAUAUCCUCAUUUAUUCUCUGGUUGUUCCGGUCACCAUGUCAAGUGUUGUAAAGAUAGAAUAGAUUUUAUAAAGUUGUAUUUGAUCUGUGUUUGUAAAGGAAACUUGCUUUUAUCAUACAUGUCUGAAUUGUUCUGUUCAGUCAACUUUGCACAUUUUAAGCACUGACUUCAGUCAGCUGAACUUUGCCAUUGUUAGGUUACAUUUUCUUGAUAUUUAGGGAUUAAAUUGGGAGAAAUGAAUUCAGCAAACAUUAACUUUGGAAGUCUGUGGUGGUAUUGUGCAUUAAUAUUUGAAUUUUUUUGAUUGACUUUCCCUUCUGGGAUAAAUAAAGUAUUUUUCAUUUCAUUCAUUUUCAUAUUGUGCACAGACUAAAGAAAGAACAAUGAAUAUGGAUCUGAGGGAUAUUAUUGUGGACAAACAGCACUCUGAGUGUGUAUAUGCUAAGCUAAGGUCGUUGCAGUGGUUGUGGUCGUUUCAAUGUGUGUGUCCAACUCUGCAACUUUCAGGUCAUUAUUUUUCAAUAAAGGUUUUUCUAAAGACUAA